AUGACAUGUAGAAAAGGAGCUUCAACCUCUUUUGACAGUGAACCAGAGAGAACCUUCCUUAGACUAAGGAGGGAAGUAAGAGGAAAAGAAGUCAUUGGUGAAGAAGGGUUGGAAGAAGAUUUAGACGUUACUAUGGAGGAAGAAGUUCAUAAUCAUGCUAGAGAAGGUGCUAGUAACCAUGCUGGGCAGGAGAGAAGAGUGCUAGGCUUUUAUAUUAAUCCCAAUCCUGGGAAUUGUAGGAGCAGCAUCUUAAAACCUGCCAUACAUGCCAACAAUUUUGAGUUGAAACCACAGCUUAUCACCCUUGUUCAAAACAAUUGCUCAUUUGGAGGAAGUGCCCAGGAAGACCUCAACCAACAUCUAACCACAUUCUUGAGAAUAUGUGAUACUGUGAAGGCCAAUGGUAUUUAUCCUAACACCUAUAGAUUGCUUUUGUUCCCCUUCUCUCUUAGAGACAAGGCAUCUAAGUGGCUAGAGUCUUUUCUUAAAGAAAGCCUUACCACUUGGGAGAAUGUUGUUAAUAAGUUAUUGGCAAGAUUUUACCCUCCCCAAAGAGUUAACAGAAUAAGGGCUAAGGUACAAAUAUUUAGACAACAAGAUGGAAUCAAAGAAGGCCUUAGAUUACUCUUCAGGAGGAUCUCUCAACAAGAAAAGACAAUUGAAAAGGCCAUAGAUGUCAUAGAAACUGUAUCCAACAAUGAAUACUUCUAUGCCUCUGAUAGAAGCACCAAUAGAGGGGUGAUAGAGCUGAAUCACAUGAAUGUAUUGCUAGCUCAAAACAAGCUAAUCACUAAGCAAUUGGCAGACCUUACGGAGCAAAUGGAGAGAAAUCAAGUUGCAGUAGUCAAUACUCAACCACCAGCUCAAAAAGAGUUCAAUACAAAGGAGGGAGGUGAUUGGGAGCAAGCCAAUUAUGUUGGGAACCCAUCAAGACAACCCCAUGAUCCAUACUCCAAAGCCUACAAUCUUGGUUGGAAGAACCACCCAAACUUUGGCUUUUCAAGUGAUACUAAGAAGAACCCAAAAGGAGAGAUCAAGAAUGUGAGAUGGGAAGAAUGCAAGGCGAUCACUCUAAGAGAUGAAGAGAUUUUGGAGGAAGAACUUAGCAAGCCAUCAGAGCAUACUCAAGGAGUUCCACAGGAGACACUGGAAGAGAAAGAACAAGGAGUCAACCAUGCACAAAUGAAGGAAUCAAUGGGGAAGGAAAUCCUGAAACCAUAUAUACCAAAGGCACCAUUCCCUCAUAGGCUCAAGGGUGGUGAAAAAGAAAGGACAUAUUCUAGAUUCCUAGAUAUAUUUAAGUCUCUUCAUAUCAACAUUCCCUUCAUUGAAGCCCUUCAAUAG